GAUCCUGUAGGAUAAUGAUUUAAAUUUAUUUAUUUAAAACAUUGAUACAGCUGCCCACCUUUCAAGCAACUCUGGGAGGCUCCCAGCCAAAGAUUAAGUUUCUUGCAACACGAGAGUGGGAAAGAAAUGUGGUAACAAAAGAAACAACUUCUACUCUACUAGAUCAGAAGACCUCCAGACUCCCUUCCAGCCCUGUGAUUCUCGUGCUUCUCCAAUAGAAGACAAUGGGACUUACAGAUGGCUUGAGGCUUGACUUGGUUGAGACUAAUGUUACAACAGCCACACUGACUUUUCUGGUGAUAGUGUUGGUUCUCCUUGCUUGGCACAUCACCUCUUCGUUCUCCAGGCUUGCUAAAGUGGGAGUCCGUCAUCCUCCACCUUUGCCUUUCAUUGGAAAUCUGCUAUAUUUUCAUGAGGGCUUUUGGGAGAGCCACAACAAGCUGAUCAGCAAUUAUGGACCUUCUUGUGGGUAUUACAUUGGUCGUCGAAUGUACAUAGUGAUAUCUGAACCAGAUAUGAUCAAAUGUAUCUUAGAGGAUGAUUUCAGAAACUUCAGGAACAGAAUGAGACCAGAUUUGGUUUUUAAGCCAUUUGCAGACAGCAUUGUCAUGUUGCGUGAUGAGAAGUGGGAAAAGGUCCGGAGCAUAUUGACCCCAGCCUUCAAUAUUGCAAAGAUAACGGAGAUGACUCCGCUAAUUGAUGAGGCAUGCAAUAUCCUGCUGAAUAACUUAAAGGUCUCUGCAGAAUCUGGCACUGCUUUUGACAUUCAAAGAUUGAUAAUUGAACAACUGCUAAUGUUGCUCUUUCAAAAUUCUAUUAAAGUUGCAUUUCCAUAUAUAAUGAUCCCUCUACUUCGCAUUUUGCCAAAUAAGAAACGAGAUGAAGUGAAUGGAUUUUUUAUCAGUCUCAUCAAGAAUAUGAUUACCUUGCGAGACCAGCAGGAUCCAAAUGAGAGACGCAGAGAUUUUCUCCAGCUGAUGCUUGAUGCACGGAUUCCCACCACUGACAUCGUCAUGGAUCAGUCAGACAAAGUCAGUCAAGAUGAUUUCCCUGAAGCUCUGCCAAAAAAGCAGCAGAUGUGGUUGACUGAUGAUGAGAUAGCUGGACAAGCCUCCUUGUUCCUAAUUGCUGGCUAUGAAACCAGCAACAGCACACUUUCCUUUGGUAGUUACCUGCUGGCUACCAACCCCCAAUGUCAGGAGAAGCUGCUUCAAGAGGUGGAUGACUUCUUUUCAAAACAUGACAUUCCAAAUUAUGAAAAUAUACAGGAACUUCCAUAUCUUGAUAUGGUGAUAGCAGAAACUCUGCGCAUGUAUCCUCCAGCAUUCAGGUUUACCCGGGAAGCAGCAAAAGACUGUUGGGUUCUGCAGCAAAAAGUCCCUGCUGGCGCUAUCAUAGAAAUUGCUGUUGGACACCUCCAUUAUAAUCCAAAGUACUGGCCAGAACCUGAAAAGUUUAUUCCUGAGAGAUUUAUGUCCGAGGCAAUGCAGCAGCAGCAUCCUUUUGCUUAUCUGCCCUUUGGGGCAGGUCCUCGUGGCUGCAUCGGCAUGAAGUUGGCCUUGAUGACAAUCAAAAUUGCACUGUUAAGAAUUUUGCAAAGGUUCAUGUUCAAAACCUGCCCUGAGACCCAGAUCCCUUUGCAGGUCAAAUCCCACAGCACACUAGGACCACAGGAUGGUAUCUUCAUCAAGAUUGUUCCUCGUUAAGAUAGUCACAUCCUCCUGUUUCUUUUUCGGGAGCUUUGGCUCACCUCAUACUGAAAACCUAUUUGUAACCUGGAAAAACCUGUUAAAGGGACCAAAGCUCUUACCCCAGCCUUCCUUCUAGCCUUAGUCAACUUACAACGUUAAAUUCCAAAGACAUUUAAACUUCUAUGCUUGUAAACUUAACCUUUAGUGCCUGAUAUGCAUCUAAACUUUGAAAGCAUAUGUUGUGUGGCGGUAUGACGUGUACAAAUGAAAGUAGAAUGUUCAUAAAAUAAACUCUUUUAGCAAUAGCACUGAUACAUCACUUUACAAUGCUUUAUGGCCCUCUCUAAGCAGUUU